AUGGCUUCUGAACCGCCGACGUCGACGGCGCUCGUCCGCAAGAGGACCGACACCGAGUUGAUGCCACCGCCGCCCCCAGCGAAAAAGAUCAAACGGCCAAAGAGAGUCAUCGAUGAAGACAGCUACACCGAUGCUAUAUCGCACAUCAUUGCCCGUGACUUCUUCCCAGGUCUACAACAAGCAGAGUCACAGAGAGAGUACUUGGACGCCCUAGAAUCAAAGGACCCAGAAUGGAUUUCGAGCGCCACCCAGCGGCUGCAGCAAGCAAUGACACCCGGACGACAUCAGACACGUAGCCGCUCUUUUCAUUCCGCAACCUCGGGCCCCGGUUCCGAGACGCCCAUGGGCUACGCUGGCGACACCCCGAUGAGUACGGUAUCCUCGAGAACCGUGCAGGCAAAGAGCAAGCUCGACACGAACAUGCGCCUGGGCGCAUUCCAGGCAAAGUACACCAGCGAGGACAACGAGAGUUUCUACAAGCUCCUCGAUAAGCAAAACCAAAAGAGGGCAGAAAAGUACGCGUGGCUGUGGAACGAGAACAAGUUACCUUCCAAGCAACAACUCAAGCAGAAGGAGGUGGAACAGAAGCUGCUCGAGAGCGGGAAGAGUCUGGUUGAUGAUGGGUUCAAGAAGGACCGUCUGGCGAUCAAGAGCAAGGAUGACGACCGACCAGCUGCCCCAGCGCAUUGGAAAGCAAAACCGCACAACGAACUGAUGUUCGCACCGGAAGGUGUGGACGGGGUCCUGGAGACGCCAGCCGAGCGGGCGCAGAGAGAAUCACGAGCCGAGCCGAAGAGGAUCAUUUACGAAAACACCAGAGUCCCGCAAGCUUAUGUGCCGCCAGAAGAGAACAGUACAAGGGCUUCAUCACCGUCACUCUCGGAUAUCAGGAAUGCGAUUGCGGGCAAUCGACGUGCUUGUGAUACGGAGACCAGCAUCGGAGGAGGCGGCGAGACACCGAGGAUCAACGGGUACGCAUUUGUCGAUGACGAAGAACCAGAGCCUUCACGGAACACGUCCAAAACACCACUUCCGGUUAUCGACCUUGGUCCAGGUGAUGCAACACCAAACCCGUUCCAUCUUCAAGAGCAAAGAAAGAAGGAAGCGCUACAUCAUCGAAUGGUGGAGCGGAUAUCACAGUCCAAAAGAACGUCUGCGAAACUGGGACUGACUGGAAAGGUGGACCGUACACCGGUACCGAAAUUCCCGGGUAGUCCCCGGGUUUCAGGCGGUCUGACACCUGCUGCUCAGAGGUUAUGGAGUAAGAUUGGUAGCUCGGGGGGGAGGACUCCUAGCUCGCCGUUUAGUGGCGAGAUUACGAGGACGCCAAGGGCUGCUACACCGAAAGUAAAGACAUCGGGCUUGCGGAAUUCGACGAAAUUGACAUCCGAAAGACAGACUCAGGGAUAG